GGGCGGGCAUUGUGCGGGCCCGCCCCGCCGUGGCUAUGGCGCGCGCGGGCUGCCCCUGAGGGGAGGCGGCAGCGGCGGCAGCCAUGGCCCCCGCGCCGCGCCCGCCGCCCGCCGAGCUGCCCCCGGCGCGGGCGGCGGCGGCGCGGGGCCGCCAGGCCGCGCUGCGGAGCCGGGCGCGGCGGCUGCGGCGGCGGCUGCGGGCGCUGCAGGCGCGGCAGGUGGAGCGGCACGUCCGGCAGCAGCUGGCCGGGCUGGCGCGGUACCUGGGGCGGGCGGGCCGCGGCGGCCUGUCCCCCGCCCUGGCGCCCGACCUGCGGCUUCUGGCGGCCAGCGCCACCGCCCGCCUCCGCGCCACGCAGGGCGCCUGCGACUCCGACGCCACCGACAGCAGCAGCGGCGGCGGCGGCUCCGGCGAGGACACCGAGACGGAGGGCGAGAGCGCGGGGCGGCGGCGCCCCUCCGCGGCCUCCCCGCGACGUCAUCAUGCAGAGUGUCAAUGGGCAAUGGAGAGAGCAGCCAUUAUCUGCCGUUGGACGUGGCUGCAGGCUCAGAUCUCCGACUUGGAAUAUCGAAUAAGACAGCAGACAGAUAUCUACAAGCAGCUUCGUGCUAACAAGGGUCCAGUAGUCCUUGGCGGUGACCGGCAGCCUGAAAACUUGAUGAAGCAGCAGGGCCGAUUGGGUUCUGUGUCGUUGAUGACCUCCAAAAAGAAUAAGUGGCUCUUGCAUUCUUCAUCUUCUAUCCCAAAAUGCCCUACAGGAGACACUGUUCCCUCCCGUUUCUUGCGUAAUAUGGAGAAGCAGAGCUCUGGCCUUACGCAGUCUUUAGGAAAUCCUAUGUGUCAAAGUCCCUCCUGUACCCCCAUCAGUGGGUCUCCAGGACCCCCCAAAGCCUGCACCACGUCACCCCGCCAAGUCAACGGAGUAUUUAACUGUUUGCACGCUGGCUCCUCCGGCAGCAAUUCUCUGAUCAUCUUGAACGCUGAAGAGAUACUUGGCAAACAAAAGCAGCUUCAUAACCUUCUUCCUGCAUCAUCUAUAUCAGACAAUACCUGCGUUGCUGCUAGAAUUCGCCCUAUUUGCAAAUAUAAGAAACGCAAGCUUGUCCGAGCUACCUCUGUGUCUCACUUGAGCAGGAAGCCGCUGAAACCUCUUACCAUGAAAUGCAGCUGUGAAUGGCCCCACUCCUGCAUCCUGUGUAGCUGUAAAACCUCUCUCCAGACAGUAGACCCCGAUACCAUGUCGUUAGGAGAGCGUAUAGCGCUACUGGAUUCUGGCUUCCAUCCCAUACUCUCUUUAUCUCACGGCAAUCCUCUCCACUUACACUUUGAAACCUUACUGAGAGAGGAUAGACUGCUGAGCUGUAAACUCACGGCUCUGAAGAUGUCCCACUUUGGAAAGCAACAAGAUCCACCUGGCAGCCUGUUUCCAAAGCUGCACUCUUCGCUUCUGUCUGUCUCUAGUUCAUUGUUUAAAGGGGAAAGGCAGCUUGAAGGAGCCUACAGUCACAGCUUUCCUGUUUCCAGUCCUCAGGCACAUAAAUAUAGUCCUUUGCACCACUCGCCAUCCUGGUACCCAGAGACUCCAACCCCUUCUUCCAGCCAAAUCCCUUUCGCUGGCAGCUCAGCAAUGCAGUCCUCAAAAAGAAGAAAAGUGGAAUGUUCCUACGACAUCAAUAACAUUGUGAUCCCAACGUCAAUGGCAGCAGCCACUCGGGUGGAGAAGCUUCAGUACAAAGAGAUUGACACACCAAGCUGGAGGAUAGUGCAGCUCAAGGACCUGGAGCCUUUCAGUCAAGUGGAUUUUGAGUUGGAGGAUACUUCAGAUGAGAUGUACUUGAGUCAUCACUCCAAAUACGAAGAACUUGAACGAGCCCACUGGGAUUCCUGGGCACCAGCUGUUUCCCAUAAGCGAGGAAGCAGGUCCUCCAAUAAAGUAGAUGGCCGAUGGACGGGGCAGCCUCAGCCAGCCUCUCCGGUUACUGGACUUAAUUGCCUUAAUGAUCUGUAUCUGCACUCUUCUACUGGCUUGCACAGCCCUGAGACUUGCAACAAUUUGCAGCCUCCCUGCACAAACAGUAGGACCAGAAUGGUGCUGUCCUGCAGUGAAGACGCCAGAUCUUGCCUAGAAACGUUAGACGAAGCCAUAUGGAACGUACAGCCUUGGGAGCCUCGCACGUUUCCGCUUUCAGACGCUGCGUACCAAGCUCUGCUGCAGCAGCCAAAUGAAGAUAGCUGUCAACAGGCUGACUUUCAGCCAUGGGUGUCUAGCCAUCAGCAGGGCAUCAGGCCAACAUCCAUAGACACUGCCAUAUCCAACUUCAGGGAGAUGCAAUUUUCAAGUACGCACCUGCAAACAGAUGGCACUAAAAACAUGGAGGAAUUCAUGGUCCAGCAGUACAACCGGGGAAAGCUUGUCAACAAAGACAAACCUGACCUGUGGGGUGUAUGAAGUGUUGGAUACUCAUGCUUCAGUAUCGAAAGGCUGCUGCUGAAGUGGUGCACUGGAGCAGCAGCAGUGUGUGUCCCUGCUGGGCAUGAGACCUAGUUUGGGCAGGUGAUGUUCCCAGAUCCAGGAGGGGUUUAGGUGCCAGACAGCUGUGGUGCUGGUCCUCUGAGAGGGUGCUGCUGUUCAGGAAGACCAGUCUCUGAUCAGCUCUGGAAAGCAAGGCUCAACUGCCUUGUCACAAGAAGGUUAGGUGCUGCUACAGACACAGCAACACUGGGCACUACACAGAGAGGAAAAGAGAGUCAGGUAAGAGAAAUUCCAGUGGCAGAAAGGAAACAGAAUUGUUUGAUCUUGACCUUUGUAAAGGUGCCUACCAGUUGGCCUUCAGGUGCUUAGUGGCUAGAGGCAGACGUGAACAGGUUUCAGGAGGUGCUCACCCGCUUUCAGAUCAAUGUACAAAUGCCACAAGGUCUGAGGAAGCCUGGCUGUGAAUUAGGUAUGAAGCAAAGGCCUGAUGAGGAAGAAGGAAGGAGGAAGCCUUUCACUAGUGCUGUUUGCUAUUUACUCUUAAAUACAUGAAAAUCAGGUUCCCCUUGCCUUGCACAAUUAAAGUUUUGUAUCAGCUUUCUUAAACUGCAGGUCCAUUUCAUAACAGUUGUCUUACAGUAUCCUUGCUGUAACAAAAUUGAUAGAAUGAAUGGAAAUUUCUCUGACUUUUUGUAACUUCUUCAGAAUUGCCUUCUCUCUCGGGAGUGAAGCCAUUGUCUCAGGGAUUUUAGCAACAAGCCAAGGAAAAGCAAUACAGCUGGGAGAAAAUGUGCGUUCUGUAAAAGGGACCUAACGUUGCCCUCUGCUUCAAGGCGAGCAAGGCAGUAAGCCAUUUUCAGGGAAUGCGCUUGAAACCUGGCAGGUCUGAGAGGUGUCCUACCAGAAUGUGUCAAAUGUAAUACUGCUGUUGAAAAGGACUUGGAACUGUAUUAAGUUAACCAGGAACAGUGGUGUGUUCCAGCCUGACUAAAUCUUCUCACUUGAAAUAAUUAUCUUAAGCAAAGAAUGUUUGUCUUACAUUCUAGAGCUAAUAAAUAAAAUAAAAGUUCUUAUUUACCAGUUUGUUAUGGAAUAUACUUGCUUUGCUGCCUUUAAAAAUGAUUUGUGAGAUUUAGAUUUCUGGAUGUUUGAUUGUUCUCAUCAUUCUCUUUUUAUCUCCAGAAGUGUCCUUCCUUGCAAGUAUUUAUUUCUGGGUUGGAGUAUUUAGGGGCUGUGAGAAUACUACAAAACUGCAGUGAAGGCAGCGUACUGGGACUGUGAUUCUGAUGAGUGUUUUGGGUGCUCCCAGAAGAAAUACUAAAUAAAGUGGCAGUCAAAUGCAGAGCUGCUGCCUGGUCACUGCAGGUAAAUCGCAGGAUUCAGCAGUGCCCUGGGUCAGAGUCAGGUCCGAAUCUGUCAGACAUAUGGAGAGAUCUGGUCCCCCGCUGUAAUGGUGCAGUGGUGCACUACCCACAGCCUACAAACGGGUAACUGCAACCUGGCAGGCACAAGUGAUUACCUAUUUUGUACUGCAACAUGUACGCAUGCAGCAAAAUUAUAAAGACUUCAAAAAGAAAAUAAAAAGCCUAAAACUAAGUGGCACUGCCACACCUGGGUGCAGGUUCCUGUUACUGCUUGAGUGGACCAAGGACUUUGCUACUUCUUUACAUUGGUUUGAAAAUGUGAAAAUUGCAGAAACGCUCACCUUCAUCUUUUUUACUUUUCUAGAGUUAAAUAUAGGAGUGAAGCAUAUAAGUGUACUAAAUUUUCUUUAAUAUAAAGUCUGUCAUAUGGUGUAAUUUAUAUAGAGGGGUUUUUUGCCUAUCACUUUUUGAAUUUUUGCAUUGUUUUGAAUGGUUGGAUUCACAGAUAAAACAGAUUAGCAGAGACUCAAUCAAAGCUAGAGUUCUUUAAAAACAGGAAGUGUGGGAAAAUUGCUUCAUAAUGACUCAAAAGUACAUUGGACUAGAUGUGAUUAUGAAACAAUAAAUAAAGCUUUUAAAUGUACCCAGCAGUGAA